UAGGGUUCUGCUAGGGCUCUACUACGGCCUGUAGACUGGCUGGCAUAUCAAGAUGUCAAGUCAAACAACAAUACCGAAGAUGAAAACUACAUUAUUUGCUUUCGUGUUUUUAACUGCAUUUAUUCAAUAUUCAAUAUCGAAAAAGAAAGACAGUUUCGAUGUAAAAGAAUUUUUCGACAAAGAAAAGAAGAAGUUUACAGCCGCUUGUCCUAAAAAGAUAACACCUAACAGUAUAAACCGUUUAAGGUGGACAGCAGAGAUUGACCAAGCAAUUUCAUGUAUACUAAUUGCUCUGGAUACCAAGGAAAAUGAUGGAUUUCAGUGGUCUGCCCUUGGUAUGCUGUACCAGAGGAAAGGACAGUCAUCUCAAGCAGUCUCCUGCUUCAGAUAUGCAUCAAAACUCUCAGGGAAGGUCAGCCCAUUUGUUACCUCAUGGGAUUUUAUUGGGCCAUUUGUCAUUGGAAAAAUGGAGCUUGAUGGUGAUCCAAUGGAACCAUUCGGUGGUAUUUUUGAAGUUUCCAAAAAAAGAAACAACAAAAAUGUUAGAUUUUUCUCAGAGUUGGUACCCAAAGGAGAAAUUCAGUGGAAGACCUUCAAGCAGACUUAUAAUGGCGAAACCAUUAAAAUUAGUCCCCAAGUAAAUUGGAAUGACCUGGUAAACUCCCUUAGUUCCAUGGGGAUUACAGAAUGGCAGGGGUGGGUGGUAGGGGAGUUUGCUGUGAAUGAGAAAGACCAGAUGGUAGUGUUCCAGUGUUUGGAUGUCCACACCUUUUACAUUGAUGGCAGACCACUGACGGGUGAUGUGUACCGUAGAGAUGUGUUCUGGACCACAACCCACCUCUCACAGGGUAUCCAUACCAUCUACAUUCGUCUACGCUCUAAAGUAGCUGCAAAUUUUAAGUGCUCUAUAAAGAUACCACCAUCAAGUUUUGAAGUGCUCACUCCUCACUACCUUCCAGAUCUUGUUAAUGGUCACUUAUUUGGUAAACAUGUUGCACUUCCAGUGACAAAUCAUCAUCAUACAAAAUGGGUUCGUGUUUCCAAGGUAACUGUGACUGACCAAUCAGAUGGAAAUAAAUUGAAAAGUUAUUUGCUACAUUCUGUCAGUAUUGCUCCAGGUCAGACAAUUCCGAUUCUGUUUUCGUUGGAGACUGCAGAUAAUGACAUAUUGCUUACAAAGUGUUCUACUAUAAACAUGAUCCUAUCCAUUACAACAUCUGCAGGAACCAUGCCCUUCCAAAUUAAUCUCCGCUGUAGGAAGCCUGGAGAGUCCUUCCUGUUUACCUUUUUAGACCAUGAUGGAUCUGUACAGCAUGCAGCGGCCAUUGCCCCAAUUGUGGGAUGUGGGGGCACCACCUGUCCUACCGUUCUUACAUUACACGGUACCACAGUCCCACCGCAGAAUCAGGCGGACAGCUACAAGGUAAUGAGGAACGGAGAAUAUGUAUUUGGGAUUCCACAUGCUUGGCUGCUGGCUCCAACACGACAUGGUGCCCAUAACUGGGAGGGGCCUGGCAGUCUCACAGCUAUGACUGCCUUGGACAGACUGGUAUCGCUGACUCACUCCAGUGACUGGAUCUCUGACAAGGCAGACAACUCUAAGGUACUGUUUGCAGGUCAUUCAAUGGGAGGACAUGGUGCGUGGCACCUAGCUACACACUUCCCUGACCGAGCCCUCGGAUUGGUAUCACUUGCGGGGUGGAUUAAGAAGGAGGAAUAUGGAGACAGCAAUCUUUUCUUUAGACAUGAUUUGGCCACAAGUCAUGUAGAUCCUGCCACCAAAUCAGUGAUGGAGGCCUGUAUAGCGGAGAAUGAUGCUGAUAGACAUAUCACCAACUUACAGGACAUUCCUGUAUUUACCAGAAUUGGUGCGAAUGAUCGCACUGUUCAUCCCUUCUUCAUGAGGAGAAUGUACCGACUGUUGAAAGAGAUACAGGUCAUGGUCAACUAUACAGAACUGCCAGACAAGGAGCACUGGUGGUGGGACACAUGGGAGACCAAUGAUGGUGGAGUGGUGAACGACCAACAACUGAGGGAGUUUACAGAUAAUAUAACCAAGGUAGAUGGCAGCUGUGAUGGUGAUGGCUGUGACAUCUCAACAGAAAACAAGUAUAGGAGGAAGGAGGAAAAGUUUGUGUUCACCUGCUACAACCCAGCCCUAGGGGAGGGCCUCAAUGGUUUACAGAUCAUCCAACAGAGGGCGCCCCUUCGCCUCAGUAAAAUAGAAGGAUUUACUAAGAAUGACCAAAUUUUGCUAAAGACAACCAAUAUUGCAUCUUUUGUAAUAAAGGAACCAAAGAUUAGAAAGAUGGAUUGGAAGAACAAAAUGCUCAAAGUUGAUGAUUCAGUUGUGAGCAUUGGUGAUACAAACAAGUUUGAGACUGAUGGUGUUCUUGUUUGCAAUGAAAAAGGUGAUUGGGCGCUGUGUGAUGGAGGUUUGGGCGAGAGAAAGGCCGUGACUUAUGGACCUGCCAGACGUGUUGCUGAACGACCAUUUGUUAUUGUUAUAGAUACAAACUCUGAGUAUGGUAUUGAGAUCCAGAGUCUGGCCGUGUACAUCUCUAACCUGUUCUUCCUAACCUCGGACACGGCAGCUCCCAUUGUCAGACUCAAUGAUGUUACCGACAAAACAAUUGGUGAAAACAAUGUGAUUGUUUUAAGCCUCUCCUCUGAUACACUGGUAGUAGCAGAACUGCCCCCAGACAUAACAGCAGCAGAUUCAGCAAUAAAGCUUGGAGAUUGUAAAUUUACGGAGCCUCGAAGUGGUCUGAUGACACUUGCCCCACACAAGACGUGGAAGGAUGGCCUGGUGAUGUUACUGUUAGCAAACUCUAUAGAGGGCCUGAGGGACAUAGUUUCUCUAGCCACACCUACCAUUCCCCCCAUGACAAGAUCACCGUUUUCCAAUCUACUGCCUGACUAUGUGGUGACAGGACCAGACUUUGGAUGGAAAGGACCUGGUGGUUUUCUGUGUGCCGGUUUCUGGGGAAAUCAUUGGGAUUAUCGCUCAGAUCUGUCUUCAUGUGUAUGUCGUUACUAGGACAGGCUACUGUGUGCCAUCAUAAGAAAUAUUCUGGAUGUUUGCUCAUUAUGUAAUUUGUCUCAAUUAAUAAUUUCGCAAUCAUUACCAAUUUUUAUCAGUGUACUGUAAACAUUUAUGCAUAUUGACUGUUAACUAUCAUUGUUAUUGUGAAAUCAACAACUUAGAAUUAUUGACUGUGAUGUCAUUUUAUCAACAUUAUUCCUUUCUGUGGUUAAUCCUUUAUACUUCUUGUUAUUAUAUGGAUAAUUGUUACAUCUGAAUCUUUGGAUUUCCAUAUUUAAUUCAUCUGUACUUUGUUCUCAGAAAAGUGUAUUAAAAACAAAUAUAGGCAUGAGUGUGUGUAUCAUAGCUGUACUGAAAAACAAAAUUUAGUAGUCAUCAUGGCAGGGGAUUGGUCAAAUAACUUUGCAUGUUGGUGAUCAGUGUAUGCAAAUAGUUCAAAAUAAACAAAACAAGUUGUUGAUAAUCAUGUCAAAAUGAUACUCAGGUAUUUGUUUACCUGUGUACCCAGGUAUGGGUUAACCUGUGUUUGGUAUAAAGUAAUGUUCUCAAUUAAGUUAUUGCAUUUUCAUUGAUAAUGAAUUGUUCUUUUUAAUACUGCUGCCAAUUUACAUAUACUUUUAUCUAUAAUCUUUAAAUCUGAGUCAUUGAUUGACUUUAAACUCAUUCCAAUUUUAAAAUAAAAUAUUUCUUGUA